AUGGAAAGAAGCGCGUCUCCGGAGCUGGACAACGCCAACCCGGCCGCCACGCCGCCGCUGCCGAUGCGGACGGAGGCUGCUCCACCGCCGCGACCGCGGUUCUGCCGCACGGCCAGCCUCUUGAAGCUCGCGAAGGAAAAGCUCUGCACUUGGUACACAGUGAAAACACUGUUCCUGGGUCAGAUGCUUUCCCUGUUCAUCUGUGGGACUGCAGUCACAAGUCAAUCCUUAGCUAAGAAUUGCAACGUGAACACUCCGAUGCUACAGAGUUUCAUCAACUAUUGCUUGCUUUUCCUAGUAUACACGAUGACCCUGGCCUUUAGGAAAGAUGGCGACAGCCUCUUGACAAUCCUGAAGAGGAAAUGGUGGAAGUACAUUUUGCUUGGAUUGGUUGAUGUGGAAGCUAACUACACCACUGUAAAAGCCUACCAGUACACCACCUUAACAAGUGUCCAGCUUCUGGACUGUUUUGGGAUUCCCGUGCUGAUGGCUUUAUCAUGGUUUAUCCUUCAUGCAAGAUACAAACUGAUCCAUUUCAUUGCGGUGGCUGUCUGCCUCUUGGGUGUAGGGACCAUGGUUGGUGCAGAUAUAUUAGCGGGGAGAAAAGAUGGUGAAGGAAGCAACGUGGUGAUUGGAGAUGUCUUAGUCCUUCUUGGUGCUUCAUUAUAUGCCAUUUCGAAUGUGAGUGAGGAAUACAUUGUGAAAAAUCUGAGCAGAGUGGAGUUUCUAGGAAUGGUGGGCUUGUUUGGGACUAUUAUCAGCAGUCUGCAGCUAGCCAUUGUGGAACAUCGAGACAUAGCUAAUAUUCAGUGGAACUGGAAAGUUGCAUUGCUCUUCCUGGCUUUUGCUGUGUGCAUGUUUGGGCUGUACAGCUUCAUGCCGCUGGUGAUCAAAGUCACCAGUGCAACCUCCGUCAACUUGGGCAUUCUGACAGCUGACCUCUACAGUCUCUUUUUUGGGAUCUUCCUAUUUGGCUACAAGUUUUCGGUGCUCUAUCUCCUGUCCUUUGUGGUUAUCAUGGUGGGCUUCAUUCUGUACUGUUCCACACCAACCCGCACUGCAGAGCCUGGCUCCACCAAUCUGCCACUGGCAGCCAGUACAGGGUUUGACAACUUUGCCUUAAAGAUCGAGGAGAACCACGUAGAUGCGGCUAUCAUCUCAUCCACACAACACAACAAAGAUGAAAGUCAGACAGAGGAGACACUAGCAACAAAGCUAACUGUACUGUGAAAGGUGGAGACUUUCAGCUAACAGAUUUACCUUGGAAAUGUCAAUACACAAGAGAUAAUGAACAUUAUGCUGUGUUGGGAUGGACACACUGGAGCUAUGCAUGUGGUGAAAUCUGCACUCAUGCCAAUGUCUGGAAUCUGCUGCAAGAUAAUGAGGGCUAGAUCCUUAGCUGAGUCGUCCGUAUUAAGUCAUGUUCACUGAAGACUCGUCCUUAUUGCUGACAGGAGAAUAACAAUUAGAGACUACUAGGGGAAGGACUAUGUACUCUGCAGAAAGAAAAAUCUACACUAAAACCACAUUAAUAAAUCAAAAGCUUAUUUUGAGUAAUAUCUUCUGUUCCAAGGUUUAUACUUUGAAGGACUGUGGAAUUGUUUUGGGCAAGGAAUGUUUUAGUGGAAAGAUGGAGAGAGGAAAUGGGGAGGAAAGGAGAUUAGGGGACUGCUAUGCUCAGAGACCCUGGGAACUUCAAGGAAGAGAGGGAAACACAUCCGGGAAGCAGUCUAAAUCUGCCCACCUCUGACCAUGAGGACUAGAAACAUUUUAUUUUGAAAAGCGCACAAUUAUAUGCUCUUACUC